GUUCUAUUUGUGCAAAGAAAAUUUCAAAUAAAAACACAUAAAAGUUGGUUAAAAAGUAAGAAAAAUAAGAAAAUAUCAUUAAUUUCCAUCUCUUAAAUCUGAUCAUAGUUCAAACUAAGGGUGCAUAUCUAAUUAUGCAUCCUAUUUUGGAACAUAAAAGAGAGUUCAAUGCGUGGUCAAAAUAUCAAUUGAUCUCUUUUGGAAGUGGGAUUUCAAGCUCACAAUAAGCAGUAGAUUUGACGGGAAUUCUCACUCAUUUUCUUCGAAGGAGAUCCAGGUAUUUCUUUGGCGGCAGGACAAUCUCUUUGCUCGCCCGAUAGUCCCUAAACACGAAACGGUCAAAUGCGUGGUCAAAAUAUCAAUUUAAUUUUCAGGUUUUACUUGAUCAAUUAUUACAAGUUCUGAUAAUUACAAAGUUGACACCUGCGUGUAGAUAGUCGGUUGUAGCAAUGACAAUGGCUGUGUUUGGGGUAAUUUUCAUAAUUCAUUCUCAUUCUUGCUUUCAAAUAUCCAAAUUUAUAUACUCACAUCAUACACAUGUGAGAAGGUUGUGCAACCUCAUUUUUAUACCCACGGUUUUCUAGGUAUUUGUGGGUACUACCCACUCCUUAUAUCAAAUAUUACUAUAUACUUUCAAUUCGAUUUCUAGAUCUUCAAAUCAGAUCUUCAAAUAUAAUACUAAGCGAACCUAAUAAACCAUGAAAUCAACAAAAAUACAACCAUUCUCAAGACCAUUUGAAGUACUUAAUCCAUAAGCCACUCCAACUCCAACGCUUUUACUAAGCAAUAAAUAACUAACAUAAUCUUUAUAACAUAAGGGAAACAAGUGAAAUACGAAUUGAAGGAAAGAAAUUAGUGUUUGGUUUGGGUAGCAAAAUUAAUUUUUAACUCUCAUAUAUUUUGAAUUACUCUCAGAUUUGAGAGGUUACAAUGUGAAUAUGAUCUCUAUAUUCUUAAUGUAUGAAGCAAUACUUUUAGUGGGGCGAACAUGCGUAUGAGUAUAAGACGGAGAAGUCAAAACCAAACUCGCCUCAAUCCUAUUAAUUUUUUUGUGAGUUUUACCCAACCCUGAUUCAUAUAGUCAAUAUAGGAAUUUCCCCAUUUACUGAGUCAAAGACGGUUUAAUACCUAUAUUUAUGGAUUCGAUUGCCAUGCAUACUCAAUUGUAAAAGCAUGUCUUUGGGGUGGAACAUUGAGGGCUUGUUUGCUUGUUGGAUUUGAAAAUGAGGAUUUUGAGUUUUAGAAAUCUUUGGGUUUAUGAUGAAUUUGCUGCAUUAUAGAUUUGAAAGAGUAUUUUGUUUGUUUAAUUUACCUUUUAUUAUGGAUUUAUUAUGGAUUUAUCUCACGUGUGUGCCUCCCAUUUAUCAAGUCCCAAUGUGGGAUUUGCAGAUCUGUGAGGUCCAUGGAUUUGGAUAUAAAAAAUGGUCCAAAUCCGUAAACACCACGAAUUUGUGCCACUUAACAAACAAUAUCUUUGUGUCAAUUCUAUAAUAUUUGGGAUUUGUGUGUCAAAUCUAUAGCUCAAAUUUCACAAACAAAAGAUAUCCAAAUCUUCUCGACCUGAAUGCUCUCUGGUCACACGUGACCCAUGACUAAAUAGUUGCGAUCCACUUGCGUAUAACAAACCAAUGGCGCUUAUAAAUUUUCAAUCGCCGCUUUCCAAAACAUAUUUGUAAUCAGCGUAAUCAGUUGUGGUCCUCGGAUUUGGUUUUCCAAUACCCAUUUCUUUUUUAUUGUUUUUUCUUUUUGUGAAACAAAAGGCUAGUUGAACCGGCCUGCUUAAAUAAAUCAUUUGAUUGUUGAGCCACAAGGAGAAAUCAUGACAAAUCAGCGGUGAAUGUAACGUAUAAAACGCGCUAUGAUCAGGUAACAAGGUUGUCAAACCGAUUUACGUUAGUGUGCCGGUUUAGCAAGUGGAAUGGUUCGACCGGUGGCACAUAUCGGUUUGUACCGGUUAAUGCCGGUCAAUAUUACAAAUAAAAUUAUAAAUACUCAUAUUUAAACAUGACAUUUAACAUCAAUACCUAAACAUUUAUACUUGAAUCCAACAAAUAACAUCAAUAUUUAACUUUUAUACUCAUAAAAUAAAUAAUAAAAUAAUUUUUAACAAUUAAAUUCACUAUAAUAAGGUCAUUUUACUUAGAGAUUCGUAUAUCGAUCAUACUGGUCAUACUGGUGGUGUCACGCCGGUUUUAUGACUGAUACCGGUUGAACCAGGUACAACCGGUGGCACGCCGGCCGACGUGACAGCCAUGUCAGGUAACGAAGGUUUAUAAUUUAUAGACAGAGACAUGCCUGCAUCGAAUAGUGUGCUAACAAUAAUUAAUAAAAAUCUUAUAAUAACUAUAGUUAAUAAAAAUAUUAUAAUAACUACGGUUCAUAGAAAGCGUCUAUUCAUAAAGAAUGAUAAGCUCAGAGCGUCAAAAUAGUGUUAAUAUUAUAUUAUUUAAUUAUAAUAUUAUUUAAAAUAAUACCAAAUUUUGACAAAAUAUUCCCACAUUAAAAGAUGACACAAAUCUAAAAGUUAUAUCGCUACAUGGCUGAAGAUAGGGUGUAUAACCAUAGGUUAUGCACCCAUCAAUAACCAAAUCUGGAUCUUUUAUUUAGAAAAUUCAGAUCUAAGGAAGGAGAAUUAAAGAUCAUUUUUAUUUUUUCUAGUUUUCUUAAUUGACUCAUAUCUUUUUCGUUUUAACUCGGAUUUUAAUUUUUUUUGAACAAAUGGAACGAGUUCAUCGUGCUCUACAAAAUGAGAUCAAUUUUCAAUAUUUUUUGAGAAAAAAAAGUCUAGCCUCUCGGUACCAACUGCAUACCAUAUGGUAUCCUCUUCGUUUUUAAUUCGUUUUUGAAAAAGUUUGCACAGAAGGGACGAGUUCAUCAUGAUCUAUUGGAUCUACAAAUUUCUGGGUGAACAAAUUACAUGACCAAAAAAUACCACACAAUACCAUACAAUACCACCCUGGUACGAGGUGGUAUUGUAUGUUAUCUUCUUCGUUUUUAAUUCGUUUUUGAAAACGUUUGCACAGAAGGGACGAGUUCAUCAUGAUAUAUUGGAUCUACAAAUUUAUGGGUGAACAAAUUACAUGACCAAAAAAUAGCACACAAUACCAUACAAUACCACCCUGGUACGGGGUGGUAUUGUGUGGUAUACAAUGUUAAAAGUCGUAAAUGACAAUUAAUAUACUUCUACUAUCAUGUAUUCAACCAUCCUACAGUCUUGGUUUGUUCAUACCACCAUGGUACGUUUUUCUAACCAUAGGUAUGCUUUUAUUUCGAUACCAGUCAAUACCAUAUGGUAUAGACUGGUAAAAAAUGACUCAAUUUUUUGUUCGAAAAAUAUAUUAAAUUGGAUAUCAUUUUGAAGAGCACAAUUAAUCUGAUCUAACUGUGCAAAAAAAUUAAAUUUUGACUUAAAAUGAGUGAGAAAUCGUUCGUCAAAAAUUAAAGAGGGGAAAAUUAAAGGCUUUCCAGGAGAGAGAGGAUGCUGAUGUCAUGCUGAUGUGGACGGGUUACUCAUAGUUACUCACCAUAAGGUUACUGACCUGAUCCAUUACCAUGGCUACAUAUCUACAGAUGGUCAACAUAUUUAAUUUCCUAAAAGUAAAAUGUGAAACCAAAUGAUAAACUAAGAAGAAAAAAAAGUUCUAUAUUUCCCUAACUGAUAGCCCAAUAGCACAAGCCCAACAAGGUAAGAAUUGCCAAGUCUUGCGGAUCAGAAGAACUUGCCAUAGUCCCAACCAAGUGUACCUAUUUAGCUCGAAAUUGGCUCAUUCAAAACACUAAACACGAUGCUCCAAGUCUCCAACCUACUCCCAAGCUGUCGCACGCUCCCCUGCUCCUUCUUCCCCAUGUCAACAAAAUCCUUCUCUAUCGAUCCCUUUCUGAAAUCAUUCACCACACCUUACAUAAUGCCGAUCAACACCCUCUUCCCAUUGGCAAAUCGCCCACUUCUCCUUACAACCUUCCUAUCUUCAAAAUCCAGGCGAGUUCCACCAACUCCCCACAUGCAGAGUUUGAAAUCAUUGAUCCAGAACAACAGUAUCGUGCGCGGACAAGAAGCCAACGGUCCCAUCUCCUUCAUCAGAUCGGUUGUCAUUAGGGGUGAAAGCUUGAACCAGAAGACCCACUGACUCGUCCCGACCCGUCCCUUCCCUAAGGGUCGGGACGAGUCAGUUUAUCUACCGGGACAGAUUAGAGACGAGUCAUUUGUUGAUCCUGUAAGGGUCGGGACGGGGAGGGACAACUUAGGGACGGGUCACGUUUUCACUCUGUGACCCUUAGCAACAACAAAUAUCUCACACCAUAUUGGAACUUUUUGUAAAGUUUUAAAAGUUUAGGUACUAACUUGUAAAAAUAAAAAAAUUUGGGUACCAAAACGUAAUUUUACAAUCAAAAUUUAUGCACUUAUUUGUAAAAAACUAAAUUUUAGGUACUAAAUUGUAAGAAAAAUAAUUUUGGGUACCAAAACAUAAUUUGUAAAAAAAUAGUGUGUUGAUUAGGGUCGACCCACUGACCCGACCCAUCCCAUCCCAACCCUUGAGGGUCAUAUAGGGUCAAGAAGGAGACAGAGGCGGGACAGGUCAGUUAUACAUUUUGACCCUUCAGAGACGGGUCAGACAGGAUCACGGACGGGACAGGCAAAUUUUCAGCCCUAGUUGUCAUCACCAUCCACACAUUUAUUUUCAUGUUUUUGACAAAUUCAUGAAUUUUCUACGAAAAAUCGCCCUCCAAUAAAUAUAUAUUCGUGAAUUUUGUAUGAAUUCCCUCAAAUUCGCGUUUUUGUGCUCUAAAGCAGGACACUGGUUCUUGAUCGGCGAAUUGUGUGACCUAAGUUCAUAGUAAUUUCCUUUUUCAUCUCGUUCUUCUCUUGUUGUUCUCUGCUUCCGCCCUCCACCCUCACCUCCAUUUUUUUGUGUUUAUCUUAUAUUUUCUAUCUAAAUUUAUAUAACCUUUAUAAAAAAAAAAGUUGACGCUUGUCAUCCUCACUUUACCAUUAUUUAUAAAAAAAUUCAACACAUCACAAAAAUACAACAAGUUACUUAUAAAAAAAUUAUUUCAACAAUAAUUACCAAAAAUAUUCAACAUUAUAAAAAAUUAUUUCACCAUACAAAAAAAAAUUAUUACAUUGUCAUCCUUUAUAACGUUUUGUGCAGUUUUUGUUGUGAUUUCUUGUUUUUUUGAACGGCUUGAUUAGAGUUUUGGUGUGAUUGCACACAUUUUUGUCUGCUAGAGGGAACUUGUGAUCACCUCUAUGAGAUAUCUGGUCUGCUUCACGGAACUUGUUGUCAGUUCUAUGAGGUUUCUGGUCUGCAUCACGGAUUUUGUUGUUAGCUUUAUGAGUUUUAUGGUAUGCUUUAGACAACUUGUGGUUAACUUUAUGAGAUUUAUGGCUUGUUCCAGGAAACUUGUGGUCAACUUUAUGAGGUUUCUAGUUUGCUUUAGAAAAUUUGUGGUAAGUUUUGUGAUUUGCUUUCUAUAUUUUUGGUCGACUUCGGGUAACUUGUGUUAAGCUUAUGAUAUUUAUGGUUUACUUUAGGAAACUUGUGGUAAGCUAUGUGGUGUGCUUCCUACAUUUUUUCAUAUGCUUUAUGAGGUUUCUGAUAUAUUUUAUGAGUUUUGUGGUGUGCUCUGUUAUAAUUUUGGUGUAGCCUGAGUUUUUAGUCUGCUUCAUGAGAGUUGUGGUCAGAUUGAUGAGUUUUCUGGUAUACUUUGAGAAACGUGUGGUCAGCUUUAAGUUUUCUUGUAUGUUUUAUGAGUUUUAUGGUGUGGUGAGCUGUCGGUAUGCUUUAUUAUGAGCUUUCUUAUGUACUUUACGUUUUUGUAGUGUUUCUGGUUCGUGUUUCUUGUCUGUUUUAUGAUACUAGUGUUCGUUACAAGCCAAGGACGAGCCACGAAAUAAAUGAGCAGCAUCACAUGCGUCUUCCCCUCUAUAAUGUUAAAAAAAGAAAAAUGUGCCCCUCUCUUUAAAAAUUAGCAUUAAUUGUGAUAAAAAAAACCCCUUAAAUAUAACAAAAUGAAAUGUUUCUGUUUGAGCCUAAUUACAUCCCCUUGCUUUUGUGCGCCUCCUCCUCCCACCGGAGCUCCUCAAAGGCGCUGGCGUACCUGCAUACACAGCGAGCGGACCUCGUUGGUUCGUUAGCACUCCAACGCCCAAGUCAGCACCCACCUUUUAUAGAGAGAAGUGAAAAAGAGCUCAGUGAGAGAGUCCUAACUGAGUAAAUGAAGUUCACCUACUCUCAUAUUUAUACUUGGAGCCUCGUCGAAGGCCAAUUUUCAAUACCAUGGGUCAAAGUAAAAAGUAUGUAUAUAAUUAAGGCCAAACUAAUGUAUUAACACUAAGAUAAAACCUUUCAAUAGUAUCCCUCAAAUCAUUUGAAAUCAAUUUAUUAAUUUUAGAUUACGAGUUUAAACACGUGGGGGAGUGCAUUAUAUCAGACAAAAAGUUGAAAAACAUGCCGUCUUACUGUAUGAAUACACGCUGACAUGACAUAUCACGUAGUAGUAGUAGUGUAUAUAUUAUAUAUUUGUGUCUGACACCAACAAAUGCUAUAAAUACAACUAUCAAUGCCAUGCACAACAAUACAGACAAAACCAGCUCCAUUAACUCAGAGGGGGGAAAAGCAAAAAUGUCUCAAACACUUCAAUCACUUGUCAUACCAAGCGAUUUGGCGGCUCCUACUUUCAGCCGCCGCCUGUCCUCUAUUACUGAUACUCCCAUUGGUUCGUCCCACGAAGUACCAAUAGCAGUCGUCGACGACGAAGAAAUCCCGACGAUCGACUAUUUCUCGCUCUUCUCACCUGACCCUGCCCACCGUUCCGCGGCCCUCGACUGCCUCUCCGCAGCUUGUGAGCACUAUGGCUUCUUCAACCUUGUGAACCAUGGGAUUCCUGAUCAAGUGAUAGAUGGUGCUUUGAGGGGGAUCGCCGAUUUCUUCGAGCAAACGCCGGUGGAGGAGAAGAGCAAGUACAGGAAAGGUGAUCCGAGGGCUAGGAUUCUUUGGGAUGCCAGGUGUCACGCCGGCGAGAACAGGGAACAUCUCAAACUCCUCGCUCGUCCAACUUUUCACUGCCCGCCUAAUCCUCCAUCCUUCAGAGAAGCAUUGGGAGAGUACGAAACCAGAUUCCAUGAGGUGAAGCUGGGUUUAGCAAGGGCUAUGUCCUUAGUCUUGGGACAGGAAGAGUCCUACAUCGAGGAUGCUUUCGAUCUGGAGUCAGGCUUCGACGUGGCUGCGAUGAAUCAUUACCCACCGAACUUCAAGUCGAAGGGCACCAUGGGACUGGCUGAACACAACGAUCCUGGUUUCAUCAUCUCCCUCGUCCAAGAUAUGGACGGCGGUCUUCAAAUUCUAACCCACCAAGGACAAUGGAUCAACGUCCACAUCCCUCCCAAUGCCAUUUUAAUUCAACUUGGCGACCAAUUGGAGGUCUUGACUAAUGGCAAGUACAAGAGUCACAUCCAUCGCGUGUUGGUGGGUAAGUACAAGGCGAGGAGGAUCUCGAUAGGCACACUCCACGGGCCAUUUAUUGACAAAUUUGUGGCCCCGGCUCUGGAAUUCGUGGACGACACUCACCCACUAGCUUACCGUGGAAUGACCUACUCGGAUGCUUUGGAAGCCAAUAACCGUUACGAAAUUGAAGUUCAGUCAUGCAUUGAACAACUUCGAAUUCCAUCCGUAUAAAUGGUCAUCCGAUAAUUAUAUCAUAUGGAUGAUGUAUCUUCGAUUCUCGAGGGUGUCUUAAUUACAUAUACAAAAAGUAGAUCUAUUUGUAGAACUUCAAAAGUUUAGGUCCCAAAAUGUCAUACAUAAAAAAUUUAGGUACUAAAAUAUAAUGUUUCAUCAAUAUUUUGAGGACUUAUGUGCCAAAAAAAUAAAUUUAGAUUACAAAU